AUGUCUCCAGCUGUUCAUGUGACACGAAGGCAAAGAUAUGUUGCAUCAAAAAAACUACUACCCGCGGCGGAUCUCGAAUUUCACGAAAAAGCCAAAAAAAUCGUUGUUCUCCACAUGGAAACUUGCAAUUAUACGACUGAAAAAAGUGAAGAAACUGAGCCGGUACAACGUCCCAAACAGAAGAUGCUCAGGAAGGACUGUGAGGAAUGCAUGAAGAAGGCCGGAUUGGAGAAGGCCCCGAAGAUUCUGAAUGCUGAGAAGGGACAAUCUAGAAUUGGCACGAUGAUGGAGGAGAAGCUGAAUGCAAUUAUGAAGGAGCAACAAUGUCGAAUCUCAGUCCGAUCGGUGGUAGGAAGCAAAUUGAAAAAAUAG